UCUUAGCCUCGGCAUCCUGAACUGAUAGAAUUAAAUAAAAACCGCUUUCUUUGGAACCUUCAGCCUUUAAGAACCAGUCACCUCAAGAUCUCAACAUCAUGAUCUCAGUUUCAACACAAUUGUUCCUAGUCCUCUUUUCAUUGCUUCUGGUGCUGCCUGUUGUUGAAGCAGUAGAAGCCGGAGAUGCAAUCGCUCUCUUGUUAGGUAUGGUUCUCAGCAUUACAGGCAUUUGUGCUUGUUUGGGGGUAUAUGCACGAAAGAGAAAUGGACAGAUGUGACUUUGAAGGGCCUCCUGAAUCAAACCUUGCCCUGGAAACUUUUGUGCUAUUGAGGUUCAGAACUGAGUUUUGGUGUCUGAAAGUUCUCAAGAAACAGUAAAUAGGGUAGCUUCAUAGUCUUGGUUAUUUCCCUAUAAAUAGGAACAAACUGAUAUAUUAUGUUAAAUGGAAAACAAAACUUUUUUUCACGACAAAUAAUGCACUGAAAAAUGCCGUCUGUAAUUUGCAUUUGCUAGUUAGAAAGAAGGUCAAAGAAGUGAGAUGGCUGAACUUUGCAGAAGUAAUAUUUCAUAGUUUCAGAAUUCUCAAUAGGAAGAAGAAAACUCUUGCCCAGAAUCCUAGGAAAUUGCCACUGUUUAGUUAUAAUCACUGCCUCCUGCAUCAUUGAGGAGUCUUUUCUCCAUAUUUUUAAUGCAUUUUUGUUUUGUUAUCUCCCAAGUUAAUAUUGUACCUAGAUAAUAAAUACAGUUGGUCAAAAAUUAAAACUU